UUGGCGAGGACGCGCGCGGGCAGCAACGCGCCGAGCCAGGCUGGUGCUCGCGGGCCGCGGUGGGCGGUGGCGGCCUCGCCCCCCCUAGAGCCGGCGUGCGCUCCGCUUCCUCCUUCCGGCGCCGGGACCGCCACCUCCCUGCGUCCCGCGGGCCGCCGGAGGCCUGGGGCGUGGCGGCCACCCGCGCUGCGGGGACGCCUGGACCGCUCCGGCUGCGCCCGCAGGCCCCGCGAGGCCCGAGCAGAGCGUGUGGGGCGGCGGAGGAGCUCGGCUGCACGGAGGGUGAGCUUGGGGCUCCGCUGGGUCUCUGCGCCGCGGGCCCCCACCCCCACCCACCGGACGGAAGGGUCAGCGGACGGGCUUUCGUGAGCCAGCGACCUCAAGUAACAAGAGAAAUCAUGAACCUCAAGCAGGGGAAAUACAGCAUGGAAAUGUGAUCUCCCAGGCCUCAGAUGGUGAUGGAAAAUGUGAGCUCACCAGGAAGGAUCUUGAAUGGCUCCUGUUUGACAACAUGCACCACCAGUGGCUUCUGUUGGCCGCAUGCUUUUGGGUGAUUUUCAUGUUCAUGGUGGCUAGCAAGUUCAUCACAUUGACCUUUAAAGACCCGGAUGGGUACAAUGCCAAGCAAGAGUUUCUGUUCCUGACGACCAUGCCGGAAACAGGGAAGUUAAGAGAGGAGAAGCAUUUUCCUGAGGACAUGAAGCCAACUGGGAAGAUGCUUUCAGACAGACAGCCCGAUCAGCCCCUGGUCUAUCUGGAGCGCCUGGAGCUCAUCAGAAAUGCCUGCAGGGAUGAGGCUCUGAGGAAUCUCUCCCACACUGAGGUCUCUAAGUUUGUCCUGGACCGAAUAUUUGUCUGCGACAAGCACAAAAUCCUUUUUUGUCAGACUCCCAAAGUGGGCAACACCCAGUGGAAGAAAGUGCUGAUCGUCCUAAAUGGAGCAUUUUCUUCCAUUGAAGAGAUUCCUGAAAAUGUGGUCCAUGACCAUGAAAAGAACGGCCUCCCACGUCUCUCUUCCUUCAGCAAAGCAGGAAUUCAGAAGCGAUUGAAAACAUUCUUCAAGUUUUUUAUUGUAAGAGAUCCCUUUGAAAGACUGAUUUCUGCCUUUAAGGACAAGUUUGUUCACAAUCCUCGGUUUGAACCUUGGUAUAGGCAUGAGAUUGCCCCUGGCAUCAUUAGGAAAUACAGGAAAAACCGGACGGAGACCAGGGGGAUCCAGUUUGAAGAUUUUGUGCGCUACCUGGGCGAUCCAAACCGCAGAUGGUUAGACCUUCAGUUUGGAGAUCAUAUCAUUCACUGGGUGACUUAUGUAGAACUCUGUGCUCCCUGUGAGAUAAAGUACAGUGUGAUUGGACACCACGAGACCCUGGAGGAAGAUGCCCCAUACAUUCUGAAAGAAGCUGGCAUAGACCAUCUGGUGUCAUACCCCACCAUUCCUCCAGGCAUUACCAUAUACAACAGAACUAAGGUGGAACAUUACUUCCUGGGCAUCAGCAAACGAGACAUCCGGCGCCUCUAUGCACGUUUUGAAGGGGACUUUAAGCUCUUUGGGUAUCAGAAACCAGAUUUUUUACUAAACUAAUGCAUAGGACCUGUGAAUCCAGUUAUUGCUAGAUCGGAGGCUAAUUAGAUGGAGGUCUGAGUAUAGAAAUGACACUUCCUCCAUCAUACCCAGUGGUCCUGUGAAUAGAUGAUGCUGGACCUGACUGUCUGCUUAGCCCACCUACCCCAUCUGUGUCAUUAGGAGGUCACUAGCCACCAUUCCCGUCCUAGGAAAGGUGAACAGAGCCAGAGGAAGCAUGGCACAGUGUUAGAGUUCUUCCCUCACAUGUCAGAAUGGCAGUGGCACUAGAAGCUAACUUGGUUGAUGGGUGGCCCAUGGAUUGUAGAACAGCACCCAGCACUUUCAGGAGGGAUGGAGAAGCUCAAGAGCUGGAAGAGUUGCUGGGCCCUUGCAGGGCCAAAUCUGAGUAAGAAUGACACCUCAUGACAGUGACACCUCAGUACCUCUCUUUCACCUUGAAGCUGCUGUGACCACAGAGAGAGAAUAUACUUUCCUGGAGCUUUGAGCCCCUGUGACAUUUGGUGGCAACCACAAAGCAGUCUGCCCUUUCAGAACCUUUGUAAUGGUAGCCCGUGUUUCAGGACCUCUGACUCAAAAAGCACCUGCUUCGUUCAACAGAGAGGUUCAUUUUAGGAAAGUGAGAGGCUGGAUGGGUUCUUUCUACAUAAGAAAAGGAACACUUUGGGGGCUUUCAAAGGAAUGUGGUACAGAGAAGAGCCUGGCUGCUGUGGACCUGGGUAUUCCCUGUCCUGAGUCCUGCUUUUUACCUUGGACUGCCCCCAUUGGGUUGAGCAGAAAGAGGCUUUUCCACCUAUCUCCUCCCUGACACUCACUCUCCUUAGAGGAGAGAAAAGACAAAGUGUUUUCAGUCCAUGGACUAACCCAGGGAAAUGAAACACAGGCAGAAGACAAGUGCCACACCAUGCCAGCAUUACAGAAUCCUGGGCUGUUUACACAUUGCCAUGUCUGUUCAUCUCAGCAGACUAGAUUCUCCAGACCCAGUUCUGAUAGUGCCACCAUUCCAGACUGAAAGAGUCAGAUAAACAGGUUCACCAGCAAUAAAAUCCUGGGUGAGGCAGCCUCCAGUACUGCAUCUUCCAGGCAGCAAGGCCAGCCACAGCAAGGAGCAAGCCACAGCAGCCACCUGGGCUGCCAGCCAGCAGCAAACAGCUGUUGAAGAUGAGGGAUGGUUUCCCUGAGUGAGUCCCUGGCAUGCGCAUCUGCCCAGGGUUUGGAGGAGUGUGCUCAGAUUUCCUUAAAAAUGGCCACACACUCCUUUUCUCCAAAAGGUUUCCUGAGUUUGUAAAUGUGAAAGUAAAAUAAAAUUUAAAACGUGCCAAACCAAUACGUGUAGCAGUUCCAGGGGAGGGGACUCCAGGGCCACAUGUGACUCUUGAGGCUCCAGGGCCAGGGACGGGGGCCAUGGACCAAAGUGAGGCUCAGCCCUUUCUCCUCAGUUGACAUACCAAGGACUGAACCUUGGUUAUUUUCUAUAAAAUUUUAGCAAAUCCUUGUUAAAAAUCACUUCAGACCCUAAUGAGUGGACCGAUUACCU